AUGAAGUCCUUCGCUGCCCUUUGCUGCCUCCUCGCAGUCGCCACUGCGCAGGAGAUCCAAUCCAAACCCUUCAACCUGGUUCUUUCAUCCGCCGACAAGGAUCUCAAUGGCCAGAAACUCUCGGCCUGCCACUCCGGUGCUGCCAUUGAAUCACUCUGUCUGACCGGAGAGUCCGGCUCCCAAUUCUUCCUGAACACCACCAAGGGUGCCCAGUCCCCAAUCGAGGGACUGGAGCCUUCUGGCACUCUGAUCUGGAAGCUGCCCGUCGGGAAUCUUCCAGAGCCUGUGCCUGAACCCAUGAGCUUCUACGUCGAUCCGUCCACUAAUGUCGCCAUGCCUAUGUUUCAGCCCGGCUAUGACCAGCAACAGAUCAUGUUCGACGAGAAGAGCCAGAUGGGUAUCUACAGCUAUCUUGAUGAUACCGUCAGCCCGCCUGCGAGUCAGAAUGCCACCGUUCUGAAGAACUGGUAUGUCUGCCAGACGUACUACACUGGUUAUACCUAUGAGACCCUCGCUUGGGCUCUGGGUAACGAGUCGGCCAAACCCCAGAACCCAAGCUGUGUCAAGGUCCAGGUUCAACGCAAGAAUCUCUAG